GACACCACCGAAGAAGAAGCAGCAGCAGAGAGCAUCAGUGUGAAUGAGAGCUAACCCCAGCUAGCCUUAGCUCACAGUAACGGGAUGUCGAAGACCUCUAAGGUGGUCCUGGGACUUUCUGUGGUUCUGACUCUGAGCACCGUGGCCGGCGUGCACCUGAACCAGACCUGGGACCGAGAGCGUCUCCACCAGGGCGUGGUCAGAGACCUGGAGCGUCUGGAGAGGAAGAAGGAGAACCUGCGUCUGCUGGAGGAGCAGAGGACUCUGACCGAGCAGCUGGAGGAGGAGAGACAACGCAGAGAGGCCGAGCUCCGCCCACAGGACCACUGAGACAGGUGUCUUCCUGUGACCGAGGCUCAGGAUGGACAGCAGCAGCGAGCCUCUGGGAGGCGGCGAGGACGAGGCGGCGUGCACGUCAGCCUCUGAGGGUCUGGAGGAAGGCGAGGUGGAGGGGGAGACCCUGCUGAUCGUGGAGUCGGAGGAUCAGGGCUCCGUGGAUCUGUCACAUGACCAGAGCGGAGACUCUCUGACCAGCGACGUGGGCGAGGAGGCGGACGGAGGCUGGGCCUGCGAGGACAUGAGCUUCUACUGCGACCGCUGCCACAAGUGGGUCCCUGCAGCCCAGCUCCGUGGGGAGCAGCCGAGUUACCUGAAGGGAGAUAACUUCUUUAAGUUCACCUGCUGUGAGUGCUCUGAGGACGGGAAGGAGAGCUUUGAGAGGAUGAGGCUCACCUGGCAGCAGGUGGUGAUGCUGGCGAUGUACAACCUGUCUCUGGAGGGGACGGGUCGUCAGGGUUACUUCAGGUGGAAAGAGGACAUCUGUGCUUUCAUCGGUCGACACUGGAACUUCCUGCUGGGAACCAGGAAGAAGACCUCCACCUGGUGGAGCACGGUGGCCGGCUGUCUGUCCGUCGGCAGUCCCACCUUCUUCCGGUCCGGAGCUCAGGAGUUCGGAGAGCCCGGCUGGUGGAAACUGGUCCAGAACAGACCUCCGACCCUGAGACCUGAGGUGGACAAGUCCACCACCAAGACCAAAGUCUCUAAGCCGGCGGUGGACCCGAUCAUCACGGUGGAGGGUCUGAGGAAGCGCGGCGCCAGGAACCCCGUGGAGAGCGCCAUGCAGCUGAAGGAGAAACGCUCGCGCACGCAGGAAGCCAAAGACAUCCGCCGCGCUCAGAAGGAGGCGGUGGGCGGGUACACGGACCGCAGCGCGUCCUCCACACCGGUCAAACUGGGCGGGGCCCGUGGGGGGGGCGCCGGACGCCGACCUGACCUCGUCCUGGAGAAGGGUGAGGUCAUCGACUUCUCGUCCCUCAGCUCGUCAGACCGCACGCCGCUCACCAGCCCGUCUCCUUCACCUUCACCCGACUUCUCCGCCCCGGGGACGCCGGCCUCGCACUCGGCCACGCCCAGCCUGCUGUCAGAGGCCGACCUCAUCCCGGACGCCAUGCCGCCACAGGCCCUGUUCCACGACGACGAGGAGAUGGAGACGGAGGGGAUGAUCGACCCGGGGAUGGAGUACCUCCCUCCUCCCAACGCCAACCUCAUCGCCCGUAAGAAGCUCCGCCCCUCUCAGCCUCGCAUCAAGUGUGAGGCGGACAGCGAGGAUGACGAACGCCGCGAUCGAGAGGAAGACUUCGAGGAGCCGGCGGGACGAGGGGAGGGUCCGUCGCUCUCCGCAGGCGGGUGUGUCGGAGCGGGAGGAGCCGAGAGGAGAAGAAUCACUCACACUGACAAAUCAGACGGAGGGGGCGGAGCCUCUCAGACGCCUCGCUUCAACCCUCUCAGCCUGUACGAGGAGAGGAUGCUGCUGCGGCGGCUGGACUCCUGCCCGCUCGCCCUCGCCGUCACGCCUCAGGCCAAACGCCUCCACAGGAAGCUGCUGGUCCGCCAGGCCAAGAGGCAGAGAGGGCUCCCCCUGCUGGACAUCGACCGCGCCGUCAGCGCCACCCUCACCUUGGUGGGCGGGAUCUACGGCGCCCAGGAGGCGGGGACUCAGAUCAGAGGUGGAAAAUACUGCACCAACAGCCAGGAGCAGCGGAUCCUCGACCGCUUCCAGACCAGCUUCUCCAGCAGACGGGGGGUCCUGCAGCACUCCGUGUCCUUCUGGCACCGUCUGAUGGGGGCAGAGGGAAGUCUGGACCAGAGCAUCAAGAGUCCCUACACCUCCCGCAUCCUGAAACCCUUCAUCAGGAGGGACUAUGAGAGUCGUCCGGUGAAGAUGAGGUUGCUCUCAGAGAUCAGGGCUCACGCUCACAGGAAGGAUCCUGAUUGGCUCCCUGAACCCAAAGCGCCCGUCGAUUACUGCUACGUGCGUCCGAACCACAUCCCCUCUGUCAACGCCAUGUGUCACGACAGCUUCUGGCCAGGUGUGGACCUGUCGGAGUGCCUGCAGUACCCGGACUUCAGCGUGGUGGCGCUCUAUAAGAAGGUGGUGAUCGGGUUCGGGUUCAUGGUGCCGGAUGUGAAGUACAACGAGGCCUACAUCUCCUUCCUGCUGGUCCACCCUGAGUGGAGGAGGGCCGGGGUCGGGACCUUCAUGAUCUAUCACCUGAUUCAGACGUGUAUGGGUAAAGACGUGACGCUCCACGUGUCGGCGAGUAACCCGGCGAUGUUGCUGUAUCAGAAGUUCGGGUUCAAAGCCGAGGAGUACAUCCUGGACUUCUACGAUAAAUAUUACCCUGUGGACAGCACCGAGUGCAGACACGCCUUCUUCCUCAGGCUCAGACGCUGAGACCUCUACAGUCCACCAAAGACCGUCUGCAGCACAGUGCUGGACCCACAGGGUCCUGGACAGAACAGAGACAGUCUGAUACCUGAUCAGGUGUUCUCUCCCUCUUCUUGUUUCUCUGUGUUUCUGUUCCUCCUCUUCUUGUUCUCAGAUAUUAAACUGAUCCACAG